AGGUCCCUCCGGUGACUCUGAAUGACUAGCUGGUGCGCAUCCCCCUCGCCUUGUAGACACCUUUAAAGCUUUGGGUAGAGACGGUGGAUUUUACUAGCGAGUUGAGGUCCGGGUUGAGUGUGUGAAACGAUGCUGAUGAAGUUGGAAAGUAAUGAGCGAGGAUGCUGAAGCUGCCGGCAAGCCCGCUUUGUUCGGAGGAGCGCAAGGCUUUUGUGCCGCUGUCAUCCCGCAGCUCAUCCCCUGCUGCUUUGUCUUCACUUGGCCCGCUGAUACCGACCGUGACCGGCAGUGUGGUUUGUCAGUGUUGGACUGCAACCACCACCAGCAGCAGCAGCAGCAGGUCGGCACCAUGAGUCUGUACGGGGCCGGUGCCAGUGGUGGUGCCAGUGGUGGGACGAGAGGAGGAGCAGGAGGAGGAGGCGGAGGAGGAGGAGGAGGAGGAGAACAUCAUCGGGAGCAACGGCGGCGCUCCAGCGACCGCUCACGUGACUCCUCCCAUGAGAGAGGAGAGAGCCAGCUGACACCCUGCAUCAGGAAUGUCACAUCCCCCACUCGGCAAUAUGACCGUGAACGCGGCGACGGGGGCUCGUCCUCCAGAUCCUCCAGUCCACGACCUCCCAGGGUUUCUCUUCCCUAUCCCCACGUCGGAGGAGCUCUGAUCGGGGGACACAUACCUCGGUCACUAGGUCCUUUUGGAGGGGACCACCACCCCAAGAUCCUGGGUCAAGGGCCUUGUGACAUGAUCUACGUGUAUGACCUCAGCAGUAAAGAAGCUCAUCGUAGCGGACUGCGAGUAGGAGAGAGAGUGACGCUCAUCGUGGACAACACAAGAUUUGUGGUGGAUCCCGCCAUCUUCACAGCUCAACCCAACACCAUGUUGGGCAGGAUGUUUGGUUCUGGGCGGGACAACAACUUCACACGACCCAAUGAAAAAGGAGAGUUCGAGGUGGCCGACGGCAUCAGCUCCACUGUCUUCAGAGCCAUCCUGGAUUACUACAAGUCGGGGAUAAUCCGCUGCCCUGACGGCGUUUCCAUUCCCGAGCUGAGGGAGGCAUGUGACUACCUCUGUAUCUCCUUCAACUACAGCACCAUCAAGUGCAGAGACCUCAGCGCCCUGAUGCACGAGCUGUCUAACGACGGGGCCCGGCGUCAGUUUGAGUGUUACCUGGAGGAGAUGGUGCUGCCGCUGAUGGUGGCCAGCGCUCAGAGCGGCGAGAGGGAGUGCCACGUGGUGGUGCUGACCGACGACGACGUGGUGGACUGGGACGAAGAAUACCCUCCACAGAUGGGAGAGGAAUACUCGCAGAUCAUCUACAGCACCAAACUGUACCGCUUCUUCAAGUACAUAGAGAACAGAGACGUGGCCAAAUCAGUGCUGAAGGACAGAGGACUGAAAAAGAUCCGACUGGGAAUAGAAGGCUACCCGACUUACAAAGAGAAGGUGAAGCGGCGACCUGGAGGUCGUCCGGAGGUCAUCUACAACUAUGUCCAGCGUCCUUUCAUCCGCAUGUCCUGGGAGAAGGAGGAGGGGAAGAGCCGCCACGUGGACUUCCAGUGCGUCAAGUCCAAGUCUACCACCAACCUGGCCGCGGCCGCCGCAGACAUUCCCCAGGACCAGCUGGUGGUCAUGCACCCGCCGGGACCGCAGGUGGAUGAGUUGGAAACUCCGCCACAGCCGGGCGCCAGCGACCCCCACCAGCCAGCGCCGGGACCGGGACCAGAGAGCGCGGCUCUCCAGCUGGCGCAGGGCUACGAGGGCCCGAACCAGCAGGCUCAGCAGGCGCACGACGCCGUCAGCCUCCAGCAGGCACAGGACCUCCAGAGUCAAGCAGCACACAGCCUGGUCCACAGCAACCAGCAGCAGCACGGCAGCAGCAGCAGCAGCUACACUCAGGCCACCUACCACUACGAGCCGGACCCAGACACACCGUCCCCCUCUGCAUGAGACUGGCUGCACACUUAACCCCCCCCCCCCCGACCCCCCUCCCCUCCCCCCCGAACUGCUGCGUCCACACUGCCAGCAACAAGGGCCUCCUUUACAUCAUUACAUCGAGCUAAAUUUAUGUGAAGCAUAGUGACAGUGAAGCACAGACUGACCUUCAACAGCCAAUAAGCACACAACCUCUCUCAGCUGAAAUUCAAGCACUUGUGGUCACUUGUUGCUUUCAGUGUGAACGCAGAUUCAUCCUCCUUCCCUGGACUUUUCCCUCCCCACAGUCUCCUCUUCUUCCUCCUCCUCCUCCUCCUCCUCCUCCUGUGUGGCAAAACACCACUUUGCCUUUUGUUGCACCUCUGCUGCAGCCUUUUCUCAGUCAGCAGCAGACACAGCGUCCAAACGAACGAGAAACUGUUCAGCAGCCGAGAACGGAUAAAGCACAUCAGCAGGCCUCCUCACCCACAUCUGUCCACAUAGUUUUUAUUUAUCUGACCAAAGCAGAGCUCAGUUUGCAUCUGUAUGCAGAGGAAAGUACUGUAUUACAUUAUAAAGAAGUGUGUGUAAGAGCUGUGAGUGAGUGAGUGUGUGUGUGUGUGUGUGUGUUGCUGCUGGGAUACCAUACCUCACUGGGGAAAUGGAUUUCAGUGCCUCUCGAGAGUCAGUCUUUAUUCGGGGGGGCCGGCAAGUUAGAUGUGAAGAUUUUCCAGCUUACCUGAAGGCUUUGUUGAAAGUGUGUGUUUUGUUUUUGUUUUUUUAAACAUAAAUGAGAAUUUUUAAGGAAAUAUUCCACUCCUGUUGUGUUCACCAGUUCAUUUGGUUCCCAGUUUGUGUCGAGUCCAUGUUUCCAGUCUUGUUUGAGUCCUGACUGACACUGCACAGGUUUAUCACUAACUGCUGCGAGCACACAGGAUGUCAGAAGAGAUGCUGAACACAAUGAUUUUUUUUUUUUUAAUAAAUAUUAUUCACAACA